UUGAAAGAGUUUUUUCAGCCGGAUACACCCCCACCAUACUCCCUUAUCUCCAAAGCACGAGUAGUCCAGUUAGGGAUAGUGGACGGAUUAGCUAACAAGCCUGCAUUUCUGCCGCUCUCAAUACCAAGAUCUCUCUCUGAGCAACUUCUUAAAUUACAUUCAAACCCUCCUGCCUUCUUUAUAAGCCAGUUUAUCUGGUAUCUUAUGCGAAAUGGAGAAGAAUUUCAGAAAGCAUUGGAUGAACAAGUUUCAGCCAUACGAUUUGGAAAAGGUGGAUCAACUUUCUUUUCAAUAAGAUGA